UUUGUGCAUCCCAUCUCAAUCAAUCGGGCCAGAGAACCCAGGAAAUCCGCUGUCCUGUCUAGAGGGCGCGUUUGUGAGGACAGGAGGCGGUUGCGGACGAUGGCGGAGCCGGAGAACGGACGCCUCGGCGGCGGAGGAGGAGAGGCUGCUGAUGGAUGUUGUGGCGGCGCACAAGGGGAAUGGGGGAAAUUGAACUGGGGGAACGGAGAGGAUGAUUUUGCUGCAGAUUAUUAUCUAUACGGCGGCGGGGUACCCAGAAUGUGGGAGGGAGAGCUAGUUAACGAUUGCUUGGACGAUCGCCGGAUCGCUCUGCAAUCCACCUGCUGUCCAUGCUAUAGUUUUGGCAAGAAUGUAAAACGAGCUGGCCUUGGUUCUUGUUUUCUUCAGAAGAUGCAUCUUUCUGUACUUGGCCAUUUCUUUUGUGCUCUCAGUUGGAGUAUAUCUGGGAUAUCACCGUAUGCAGAUGAGGAAAAAGGCGGUGAUAGUUCUAUCGAUGACUGUAUAUACCAUCUUAUCUGCCCGCGCUGCACUCUAUGU